AUGAAGUCCUUAGUCUUCAUCCUUUCUCUGCUCCUCAUUCUGGAAAGACAGGCAGCUGUGGUUGGACAAUAUGGGGGCUUCACAAAGGGUGGCUUCACAAAAGGUGGCUUCACGAGUAGCUCUUCAGGAUUUAUGAAAGGUCAUGUCAGUUAUGGGCUCAAAGGAGGAAGCGAGGAUGCUGCUCAAGAAAGUGCUUUCUUGCAAACAAAACAACAAGCAUACAGCAAGGGUGGUAGCAUGCAACAGGUGCAACAGGCACGUCUAUCACAAGAACACACAGGUGUGAAGGGGGCCGCACUUUGUCGUAAAGGACAAACAUCCCAAAUAAAAUCCCAGGAAUCCCAAAUAAAAUCCUUUGGACAAGCGAAAUCCCUUGGGUCUCAAGUGAAGUCCUAUGGACAAAUGAAAUCCUAUGGACAAGUGAAAUCCCAAGAAUCUCAAGUGAAGUCCUAUGGACAAAUGAAAUCCUAUGGACAACUGAAGUCUCAAAAUGCUCAACUGAAAUCUCAUGGCCAGCUAAAAUCCCAAGAUGCCCAACUAAAAUCCUAUGGUCAACUAAAAUCCUUUGGUGAAGAUGCCCAACUGAAAUCUUAUGCCCAACAAAAAUCCCAAGUAGCCCAACAAUCCUUUGGCCAACUAAAAUCCCAAAGUGGCCAACUAAAAUCCUUUGGCCAACUAAAAUCCCAAAGUGGCCAACUAAAAUCCUUUGGCCAACUAAAAUCCCAAAGUGGCCAACUAAAAUCCUUUGGCCAAACAAAAUCCCUAAAAGGUUUUUCUCAACAAACUCAGCAGAAAGGAUUUGCUACGGGUGGAGGGCUAUCACAAGUGCGUAAACAAUAUGAUGAUGAUACAUCUGUACAACAAAAGUCUAGCCAACAGGUAAAAACAGAGCAAGAUUUAUCCCAAUUUGGACAACAACGCCAAUUUGGACAAGAACGCUCACAAUCCUAUAAAGGAUAUCUUGAACAAUACCAAAAGAAAUCACAAGACAACUAUCAACAAAGAAGAAAUUUUAAUGGAGGUGGCUAUUUACAAAGGGAGGAGAAGGCCUAUAUACUCAACUUAAGAGCUAAUAUAGUCAUUAACCAACUAAAGACCAAGGUCAAUAUCAAGGACUCACCUCACCAGAGUCAAGUCUAUGGCACCUUCCAGAUGCCGCCUGCGAUGUGGUCCCAGGUCUCUGGUUCAUGGACAACCCUCUACUCACAUUCGCUUUUCUGUAGGACACCUAACCCUGGAGCUUCCUCAAACACUUGCUUUCCAAUAAAAAUAUAACUUUCUGCAUCAUCUGCUUUUG